CGCAGCGCUUCUCGGGCAUGUGCACUGGGCACCCGGCUGUCAGCAGUCAUUUCCUGUACUGUCCGCAGUCUCUGGUCAUUUCCUGUACUGUCCGCAGUCUCUGGUCAUCUCCUGUACUGUCCGCAGUCUCUGGUCAUCCCCUGCACUGUCCGCAGUCUCUGGUCAUCUCCUGCACUGUCCGCAGUCUUUGGUCAUCCCCUGCACUGUCCGCAGUCUCUGGUCAUCUCCUGCACUGUCCGCAGUCUCUGGUCAUCCCCUGCACUGUCCGCAGUCUUUGGUCAUCCCCUGCACUGUCCGCAGUCUUUGGUCAUCUCCUGCACUGUCCGCAGUCUCUGGUCAUCUCUUGUACUGUCCGCAGUCUCUGGUCAUCCCCUGUACUGUCCGCAGUGUCUUGGUCAUCCCCUAUACUGUCCGCAGUC